UUCAUUCAAGUUAAAGAAUUGUAGGAGGUGAUAUAAACGUUGACAGCAUUACACUGGAGAACACCAUUCAGUCCAACAAGAAGUUCACAUCACUAGGGAGUCAAUCAACUUUAAAACGAAACAAAUCUACACACUACGUUCCUGUCGACACACAGAACAGUAUAGAAUCAUAUAACCGACCUUUUUGCAAUGCCACACAUCAACCUAUUGUUAAAGUAUGUACUGAUGACGAAGUGCUGAAUAAAAGAUCAAUGUUUAUUGAUACUAUGAGCGUUCCGGAAUUUCAACAGAAAUGUGAAUGUGUUGUAACACCUUUAGAACGGCAUAAUACUUUCAAAUUGCAUUUAAAACUGGAACAUCUAUCUGGAAGAUAUAAAAUGCAAUUUGAAAUAAAUAAUAUCUCAAUUGGAAAAUUUUAUGAUAGUGAAAGUACAUAUGUUACAGGUGCAACGAAACUUUUAUUUUCAACAACUGAAGAUCACCGAACAGAGGGACUUUGCUUAGCUGUUUAUUCGGAUGGCGCUUUUUUCAAUAUGUCUUGUAAGAGAUCAACAAGAGGAACAACAAGACAGUCCAGCCCAGCAUCGACAACAGGAACAACAAGACAGUCCAGCCCAUCAUCGACAACAGGAACAACAAGACAGCCCAGUCCAGCACCAACAAGAGGAACAACAAGACAGUUUAGUUCAGCGUCUAUUUCACACGAGAGUGAAACAACAAAGAUUACAACUUUAAAAUAUUAUAAUUCUUCAGUCCAAGCUUCAAAAGACAAAGCGACUGGAGUCAACGCUUUUAUAAUUCCUACAGUGUCAGCCGCUUGUGGACUUCUUUGUGGCAUUGUUAUUGCUGUUGUCUGCGUUAUUGUCUACAAAAGGAAAAAGAGAGGGAAAGGAAGACAUGUCACUAUGAUAAUCCCCACAGACGCAAAUGUGGAAAGUGACUAUUAUAUGACUGAAAAUGCGAUGUACAAUAUGGGUAAGAUUUGCACGAGACAACCAACCAAUGAAAACGAACACCACAAUGUUGACCAUGAUGCCGGAGCAUAUGCCGGUGUAUCCCCAGGCCAUUAUGAUUGUAUCCAAGAAUCAACUGACAGAAACCAAACUUCCGACAUUGCACCAAGUCAUGCUGUGUCAAACGAGUAUUCAACGUGUCUAAAAGCAGGCCAAGUCACUGCUGGUGGCUUAAACAAUAACACUUCAAAUAAUUAUCAAAAGUACCAACCAAAAGUUUCAAGAAUAAACGGGGAAGAUGGCACAGUAUAUGACAGUACAAAGUCAUCCCUUCCUCAGCAGGCAGUCGGAAAUAAUGAUUAUCAUCAUUUGGAUUCUGUAGGUUUCAAUCAAGUGAAUCUAACAUAUGAUAAAAUUGGUAAUACUGGUGUAGUUAAAUAUUAAACAAUUUCAAAUGAAGAAUAUGGAUACAAGUAUUAGCAUUUCCAGAAAUGCUUGGAUUGCCAGUCAGCAAUGAAUAUAGAAAUGAUUUCAUUUCUUGCCUAAUACCUUAAGUGUGGUCAACACAUAAAGCCAACAUUAAUAUUUGAUUCACUCUACUAGUCUAUUAUAGUCAAAAUAUUUUGACGUGCUUAGGUAGUUUCUGAGAUAUUUUUGUCUUAGUUGCUACCUUCUGACGUCACAUUUGGGUACAUAGUAAAUGAAUUAUGCGAGGUUUAACAGUUAUCAAUGUCAGUUGCAACAAUACGCAGCAACAAUACUAUCACUUGCUUACAAAAACUGCUUUCAGUCUUCUAAAAUAACGUGUAAAACGUGUUCACGUCGCAUCUUUUUAAAAUCACCUGUUGUUUAUUGGGUGCAAAAGUAGAAAAAUUAAUGAAAAUUACAUAAUUAAACACAAUUCUGGUUUACCUUAAAGUAAUGAGAUAAAGAUCUCUUUGCUAAAUUCUGAAAUAAAUAUUAUCCAGAACAAACUGAAAUCAAAUUAAGGAGCAAAAAUAUUAUAUUCAAGAAACUUUAACAUAGCAUCAGACACAUGUCACAUAUUCAUUUGCUUUCUGUUGUGUGUCUCUUAAACCAGAUGUACAUUAUCAGGGGAAACAUUUAAGAAACAAAAAUAUCUUUGGUAGAAAAUUUAAAUAUAUAAAUACAUUCAAUGAUAUGUAUGUUAUGCAUUAUAUUUAUCAUUGUAAAUCAAAAACAGAAAAUGAAUAUUACUAGUCCACUAUUCGAAGAAAACAGGGGGUGGGUGUAUUGUCAUGACCCACUCGUCGUUAAUCUUAAGUUUUCAAUUAUAGCCAUUAAGAUCAAUACUGAUAAUGCUAUAUAACAUUGAAAUUUCAUUUGUUUAUACAACUGUUUGAGUUUUUCCUGUCACAUUAAAAUACAUUUACAUGUAUACUUGUACAUAUUUCAUAUUUAGUGACGUUUCAUUGGGUCCGGAAUAAAAUACUUGAAUGAUUGGUGAUGCCGGUGAGCGGCAACGUCUCUUUUGACCUAUGGAAGGAGCUGUUAUUAUUAGCAGUUAAUUUCAAGUGUUAAUUAGUGUUAUUUUGAUUCGUUUAAAUCAAGUAAGCAGUUUUGUUUUUAUAUUUGUAUUUAAUAACUUGAUGUUAAAAGCAUGUGCAUUGUGAUAUUAUUUUCAUGAAAUUGCAGGCUAAGUUUAACAGCUUGUCCCUUAGAUUUAAUAAUGGCGAUACAAAAAGCCGGAUUUCGAAUAUCGUUGAGGUCUACAUUGAUGUCAAUGGUAUUUUUUCACCAUUUUUGUUAUUUAUCUUAGAUUUUUUUUUAUUUUAUAGUUUUUACCGUUUAAUCAUUUUUUUGUUAAUUAUGCAUUGUAUAGUGUUUCGUUUUAUUUACUGUUAUGCCAAACUUUUUUCGCCUGCAGGAGAGGUUCCAGGGAGCUUUAUUUAUAUUUGUAAAUUAUAUAUAUUAUUAAAACUCGAUCAAGAAGAAGGUUCACCUGAAAAUGAGUAUUAGGACUGGUAAUGGAACAGUUGAAAACGAUUAUUCUAUUGAUUUUAUCCAUAUUACGUUUAUCAAUUGCACAGAAUGAUUGUUUUUACAAAGUGUACCAGUAUCCGGAUAUUGAAAGCUAUCCGAUAUUUUGCAAUGUAAUUACUGCUGUCACAUGACCAUCUUACUUUUUAUGAAUGCUUUUUACCAUUACUUUCCAUUGCUUAAUUAAACUCAGCCUGCAACAUUUUAUAAUUUUGCUGUUUAGGGUGUUCUUAUGGGUUUCAGGUUUUCUCUGUUUUAAGGGAAAUUAACUCAUGUUUACUAGGUAUGACAUACUAUUCUUGUUGUAUAUAAACAGUAUGGUUAUUGGCAGUGUGCUUUACAGGCUAUAAACUAACUUUCUUAUUAUAUUUUUGUUGAUAGAUAGAAUAAUGAGAAAAAUUACCAGUUGUAUAACGUUUGUUCAUCAGAAGCAUAGAGGCCCCAAGGUGUGAAUAUUGAUAUAUUCAUUAUAUCAUAUAUAUACAUUAGACUGGAUUCUUCUAGUCUGUUCAAUUAGUAUAUACCUACAGGUAUUCUACUACAGGAAUCUUCUAAUUACUAUGUGAAACUAUGUGAAACAAAUUUUUAUUUUCUAUCUGUUUAUAUUUUAUUUGUUAAUAAAAUAACCUUUGGUAAAAAUGAAAGGUAAAAAAUUUAAAAAAUGCAUACACGUGCUCAUGUCCAUAUAUUGAAACAGAGAAAGGAUAACAUCCCGAAGUUAUCAAUUUUAAACUCUUAAUAUAUAAUUAUGCAAUUAGUUGUUAUAUAGUAAAGUCUAACGGAAGGUGAAAAGAGGGACAAUAUUUGUUACUGUAAGAGAUAUUCAUGCUUAGACACAACUCAAUCUUUAUUAAAAGAUAUACUGUAGAUUAUUUGAGAUUUCUUUUAGUUUUAUACUAUACAUUAUAGUUUUCUUUCUACUAGAUUUUGAAUUCCAUCAUAUCAUCCAAGUAACAAUGUUAAUAGGAUUUCAUAUUUAUUUGUUAUAAUAAUAGAAAUUGGGAUUAUUAAUGUUAUGUGCAUACAUGUAUACCUUAGUAUAUGGAUAUGAUGAGACUUAUAAUAUUUCUGUAUUUAAAGAGUAAGAGUUAUGACAUUGUUAUUAAAGGGAUGAGACUUACAUUAACAUCUAUAAAUGAUAAUACAUGUAUUGAUCAGUCUAAAGGUUAUAGGUUUAUACCCAGUGUUAGUCCGCUGAUAAUAGUAUCUUUAAUAGAGUUAAAGGAAUAUUGUAUUGGGUGACGUAGCCUGGAUUUUGUGGUUAUUUUUCUGAACUUGUGAGAUUUGGCAGGUUACAUAAUAAAGUAUCCAGAAAUGAGGUUAAAUUAGUGUCCAUUACUAGUGAUGAAAGGGUCUAUGGUGCAAUUUCACCGGACGAUGCAUGGCAAUAUAGAUAUAUAUUCCACACUCUCUGUGCUAGUAGGUCAGUACUGGUCCUUUAAGGGAAUAAAAUGUCCUUUAACUUGGAUCAUGCAAUAUAAUUUAUAAAGUCUCAAAAUAUCAUAUUCUGAAUUGUUAUUUUAUUUUUGUCUAACAUGUGCAUAGUUUGAAAAGGACAGCUCCUGUCUUAUCUUUUUGUAAUGGAGGGACACCGGUCUCAACCUCCAGGUCUUGGGCUGAGUCAACCGGACUACAGAUUUUUCAUAAAGUAGAUUGUUGCUUGCACUUGAAUAAAUUUUUGCACUAAAUUUUAUUGUGGGUGAUUCGUGCCACAUGAACAAAAGUAACCGGGGCAAAAGAAA